UCAUACCCAAAACACUUGUUUUGCCACCCCUCUGCACCCAUACAUGUGCUCAGCACCAUUCCUGCCACAUCCUGGGCUCCCCUUCCUUAUGAUUUCACCCCAGGGAUGGACAGGGUUCCAGUUCCCAAAGCUCCAAGCAGGAAACCAUCACCUGGGACGCUGUAAAAACAAUGAUCUGCUCAUGCUUUCUCAUUCUAAAAGCUGAAAAGGGACCCAUACGGAUGCUGGUUUGGGAGGAGUUGGAGAGCCCUGGGAUGGACCAGCCCUGGGAGCAUCCUUUGCCAUGGAUCUGUCCCUGCAGCCGGACCUUGCCAUGCUUUUUGAUGCAGAAGCUAUGGAACAGCCCUGACCUGCUCUGCCCGGGGGAGCAGGCAGGGAUGGCAGCCAGCCCCCGCCUGCCCCUGCUCCGUGCUAAUGAGCGAGUUACACAACAAGGAGCUUUUAUACUUGGUUAAUCGGGUCCGGCAUCCCGGCUCGCCCCUCCACGCACACUCGGGCUGGCCAGCGCAGCCCCAACUCCCUCCUUCCCUCCCAUCAGCUGCCUUUUGUAAUGCUGGAAUGGGGUUUCUCGCCGGGGCUGUGCUGCCUUAAUUACAAAGCUGCAGUGAGUUGAUGCCUUGUGACGGUCUAAUCCCAAACCGCUGACUCUACAAAGCUUUUGCCCCUCUAUCUGCCUGCUCCACUCCGGCCUUGCCUUCCACGCGUCCGUCUCGGUCCCCGUGCACUGACCCUCAGUUCAGCUUUCCUAUCCCUGUGUCCUGCAGCUGACAGAGGACAGAGGACGACAUGUCUGCGGUUACGGGCACCUUCCGCAUUGUCUCGGAGGAGGAGCAGGCCCUGCGCUCCAAGCUGGAGCGCCUCACCACCAAGGACCACGGUCCCGUUUUUGGGAGGUGUGAGAAGAUCCCCCCGCACACCAUGCAGAAGGCCAAGGAUGAGCUGAAUGAGACGGUGGAGCAGAGGGAGGUGGCAGUGAAGGCGCUGCGGGAGCUGGUGCGGGAGCGGGCGGGCGGUGAUGAGGUGUGCCAGGCGGUGGCAGAGAAGGUGCAGGACAAGGACGACUCCUUCCUCCUCCGGUUCAUUCGCGCUCGCAAGUUUGAUGUCCACAGGGCCUACGACCUGCUGAAAGGCUACGUCAGCUUCCGCCAGCAGUACCCGGAGCUCUUCGACAACCUGAGCCCCGAGGCCGUGCGCAGCACCAUCGAGGCCGGCUACCCCGGCAUCCUGGCCAGCAGGGACAAGCAUGGCCGGGUCGUGAUGCUCUUCAACAUCGAGAACUGGGACUACGAGGAGAUCACCUUCGACGAGAUCCUUCGUGCCUACUGCAUUAUCUUGGAGAAGCUGCUGGAAAACGAAGAGACCCAGAUCAAUGGGUUCUGCAUCAUUGAGAACUUCAAGGGCUUCACCAUGCAGCAGGCAUCAGGGAUCAAACCCUCCGAGCUCAAGAAGAUGGUGGACAUGCUGCAGGACUCCUUCCCAGCGCGGUUCAAGGCCGUCCACUUCAUCCACCAGCCCUGGUACUUCACCACCACCUACAACGUGGUCAAACCGUUCCUGAAGAGCAAACUGCUGGAGAGGGUGAGUGCAGGAAAGGGACCAGAGGCAUGUCCCUGGGUGAAGCAGGAGAUGAGAAGCGCUGCCCUGGUCUCUCCCAUCUCCCUCCAGGUCUUUGUGCAUGGAGAGGAGCUGGAGUCUUUCUACCAGGAGAUCGAUGCUGACAUCCUGCCAGCAGACUUUGGUGGCACCCUGCCCAAGUACGACGGCAAAGCUACUGCAGAGAAGCUCUUUGGGCCGCGCAUCGAGGCUGAAGACACAGCUCUCUAACCCAGCACAGUAGGAUCAGUGGUGGCUCCCUAACCCCAGCCACCCCCUUGCCGUAGCAUUGGUUGGAUGACUGCUCGUGAUGAGGUUGUUCCUUGCCUGUCCCUCCUCUUGCCUCCCCACACCAGGCAGCGGGCUGCCCGGCAGCUCUGUCCCUGCCAGGCAGAGCAUCCUUCUCUCAGGAGCCAGCACAGGAAGGAGGAUACCAGCCCUGGAGCUGCGGUGAGGGGACAGGGGAGUGUCUGCUCUGGGAAGGGAGGGCUGCAGCGAGGCAGAAAUAAAGUGGUGUUGAACAGCAGAGUUCUGGGGUUGCUUAUGGCAUGUGGCAAGGAACAGGGCUCCU